UCGCUCUGUGAGCUCAUCACCCUCCUCCUCCAAGGAGGGAGGUGGCUGAGGCGACUGCUGCUGCCGCCUCUGCUGCUGCUGUGAGUGGGUGGGUGGUUUCCAUCCUCAGCAUCACCAAGCAGGAAAAAAAAAAAUCCCGGCAGCUGCUGAUGUUGGGCGCUGAAACAGCCUCCGUAGCAGGGAACAUGGAUGAAACCUGCACACCUCUCGCUUUUCAGCAUCUUCUGGUUUUGACAUGGGCUUCCAACACAGCUGAGAAGGGGACCUUAAGGAAUGUCACACAGUAGGUGCUGAGACAACUUGCACUGAAACAAAUAAAAAAAAUGGCAGUCCCGAUUUGAAACGAAUUAAACACGCAGACUCUCACUAAUCCUAAACCAUGUCAAAAAAAAGUCGUAGCAAAGGCGAAAAGCCUGAGGCACUGCUUGUCGCCCUGCAGGCUGCCAAUGAAGAACUCAGGACCAAGUUAACGGACAUUCAAAUUGAGCUACAUCAAGAGAAGUCUAAGGUUGCUAAACUUGAGAGGGAGAAGACUCAAGAAACCAAACGGAUCCGAGAACUGGAGCAACGCAAGCAGACUGUACAAAUCACUGAACUCAAGGCGAAACUCCACGAGGAGAAGAUGAAGGAGCUGCAGGCAGUGCGGGAGAACCUAAUCAAACAGCAUGAGCAAGAGAUGACCCGGAUGGUCAAAGUCAGAGACAGUGAAAUCCAGCGCCUCAAGUCAGCACUGUGCGCGUUGCGGGACGGGAGUAGUGACAAAGUAAGGACAGCGCUGACCAUUGAGGCUCGUGAAGAGGCCAGGAAACAGUUUGACUCUGAGCGCCUUAAGCUUUUGCAGGAAAUUACUGAACUAAAAUCUGCCAAAAAGCAGGUGGAUGAGGCCCUUAAUAACAUGAUCCAGGCAGACAAGAUCAAAGCGGGUGAUCUUCGGAGCGAGCAUCAAUCCCACCAGGAAGCCAUCUCUAAGAUCAAAUGGGAGAGUGAGCGGGAUAUCCGCAGACUGAUGGAUGAGAUCAAAGCUAAAGACAGAAUAAUCUUUUCCUUGGAGAAAGAACUGGAGACUCAGACGGGCUAUGUACAGAAGCUUCAGCUGCAGAAAGAAGCUUUGGAUGAACAGCUCUUCUUAGUGAAGGAGGCAGAAUGUAACAUGAGCAGUCCCAAGAGAGAGAUCCCAGGGAGAGCAGGGGAUGGCUCAGAGCACUGCAGCAGUCCUGAUUUACGCAGAAACCAGAAGAGGAUGGCAGAGCUGAAUGCCACCAUCCGGAAACUGGAGGACAGAAACACACUACUUGUAGAUGAACGAAAUGAACUGCUGAAACGUGUCCGAGAAGCUGAAAAACAAUGCAAACCUCUCCUGGAAAGGAACAAGUGCCUCACCAAGAGAAAUGAUGAAUUGAUGUUGUCCUUACAGCGCAUGGAGGAAAAACUUAAAGCUGUCACUAAAGAAAAUGUAGAAAUGAGAGAAAAAAUGACAUCACACCCUCCUCUAAAAAAAUUAAAAUCUCUCAAUGACCUGGAUCAAGCAAAUGAAGAGCAAGAAACUGAGUUUUUAAAGCUGCAGGUUAUAGAACAACAGAACAUAAUUGAUGAGUUGACAAGGGACAGGGAAAAGCUUAUUCGUCGAAGGAAACAUAAAAGAAGUUCAAAGCCCAUUAAGAGACAUGUAGUGGAUACAGUUUUCGGGUAUGAUGAUGAUUCUAUGGACUCAGAAACCUCAUCCAUGGCCUCAUUUAGAACAGACAGAACACCAGCAACACCAGAUGAUGACCUGGAUGAAAGUUUAGCAGUGGAAGAAUCAGAGUUGCGAUUUCGACAGCUAACAAAGGAAUACCAGGCUCUGCAAAGGGCAUAUGCAUUGCUCCAGGAGCAGACAGGGGGCAUCAUAGAUGCUGAAAGGGAAGCCAAGGCACAGGAGCAGCUCCAGGCAGAAGUCCAGAGGUAUAAAGCUAAAAUUGAAGAUCUGGAAAAAACACUGGCACAGAAAGGACAGGACUCUCACUGGGUAGAAGAUAAACAACUUUUCAUUAAGAGGAACCAAGAACUUUUAGAAAAGAUAGAAAAACUGGAAGCAGAAAACAGCCGCUUACAACAGGAGCUUCAGGAUGCACGAGACCAGAAUGAGCUGCUGGAGUUCCGGAACCUCGAGCUUGAAGAGAGAGAAAGACGGUCCCCACCAUUUAAUCUCCAAAUCCACCCAUUCUCAGAUGGUGUAAGUGCUCUCCAGAUCUACUGUAUGAAGGAAGGUGUGAAGGACGUCAGCAUUCCAGACCUCAUAAAGCAAUUAGACAUCUUGGGGGACAAUGGGAAUUUAAGAAAUGAAGAGCAAGUGGCCAUAAUUCAAGCGAGUACUGUACUAUCUCUGGCAGAAAAGUGGAUCCAGCAAAUUGAAGGAGCUGAAGCUGCUCUGCACCAGAAGAUGAUAGAACUGGAAAGUGACAUGGAGCAGUUUUGCAAAAUAAAAGGUUAUUUGGAGGAAGAAUUAGACUACAGGAAGCAAGCUCUUGACCAAGCAUAUAUGAGAAUCCAGGAGCUUGAAGCCACCUUAUACAAUGCUUUACAGCAAGAAACGGUGAUAAAGUUUGGGGAACUACUAACAGAAAAACAACAGGAAGAGCUGAGGACAGCUGUGGAGAAGUUAAGACGGCAGAUGCUGAGAAAAAGCAGAGAAUAUGACUGUCAGAUUCUUCAGGAGAGGAUGGAGCUUCUGCAACAAGCCCAUCAGAGGAUCCGAGAUUUAGAAGAUAAAACUGACAUCCAAAAGAGACAGAUCAAGGACCUGGAGGAAAAGUUUCUGUUUCUAUUCUUGUUCUUCUCUCUUGCCUUUAUUCUUUGGCCUUGAUGUCAAUGUGCCUCUUGGAAAGAGUGCCAGACUCCAUACAUAAGUCCUUAGAAAGGCAAAUGCUUCCAAUCCCACAAAGAAGACAACAUUGUUUACACCUAUUUAAAAAAUAAACCACCUGUAGCCAAGACUACAGCCACCUUGUAUUUUAAAGCCAUCAUUCAAGAUUUGUUACUUGACAGUUCCUGUCUAAAGCUACAAUAUAUGCUGCAUUUAUUGAAGUUCUAUAUGUCAAACUAAAUAACAAAAAAAGAAGGGGAAGGAAAAAAAAACCCUAUGAACGCAUCUCAUUUUAAAAACUGAAGCAAAAUCAGCAAGGAAUCACUUUCAGCAGAUCAAGUAAAAUUGUGUCUUGGGCAUGGAACCAAAGUUACAACAGGACAAGCUAUCCCUGCCAUGCAGGGGGGUCAUUUUAAGUGUAACAACGACAUCCCAUGAAAGGAUCGCUAAUAAAGGGACAGAGCAGGAGAAAUGCAUUCAAAACUUUGAGGGGAUACUGACAGUAAAACAUUCAGUUUGAAACAUCUGGCUUUCUAACUACAGGGAAUCUCUCUCUCUCUCUCUCUCUCUCUUUUUGGUUUAACUCAGGAACAAUGACAGCUGCAAUGUGAACAAAAGGAAAAAAAAAUAUGCACUCUGUUUUGUUUCAUGAAGGGGCAGAACCUGGGCAUCAGAUAGGUGGUGGGGACAUAACCAUACCACCGCCACGAGUGGCAAGGGAAGGGAAGGAUGUCGGUGAUGACUGACAUCAUGAAGAUUUCUAACCACGCUAAUGAAGAUUUCUGACCAUACUGUAGCCUUACCUUUCUUUACGAUCCCUCUACAGAGAACAGCGCGUUAACUGGUAGAUACUUUUUGAAUGUUUUGUGGCUGGCACAGAAAAAAAAUGACCAGGCUUGGUUUUAUUAAUGUUUCUAAUACUGCAUGUAGAAACAUAGAAAUGGGGCUCAAAAAUGGCUCCUAAGAAAGUGUGUCAGAGGGAGAAACUUGUGUUACCCCCUCCUGCAAAAAGCUGACUUCCCAGUUUGUCUAAAUUUGUAUGCUGAUUAACAUUGGAAACUGUUACAGAUAUCUCAGUUUGGUUUGUCAAAAUAACAUUUUGUUAGCUGGCUUCCUGACCAACAGUACAUAAACCAAAAACAAGUGAAAGAUGGGCAAAUGCACGCCAUGUGUAAGACUUUGAGGCUGGUUCUAUUUUUAUGAUUAAUGAAGGGUGAAACGGUUUGCCUUUCAACGUAUGACCUACUUCCCUAGUUGCAAAGCAUGGGAUCCCAUCUUCCCAACCUAACUCGGGUCACACGCAUCACCCUAGUAAAUCAAUGCAACCAAACCUUGAGACGUACCAAACACCUGCAAUGCACAUCAAGGACUAAAUCUACAUCUUGGGAAGGGGCAGAGGCCACACGUCUAACAGAUCAGGAGGGAAGCAGGAGAGGUGACUUCUGCCUGUCUCUUGCUAACUUGCUGUUUGACACAUACAAGCCACAUCACCUCGGCUAGCCUGUUUUACUUCCCACCUUGGUAGUUUUUUAGGGGAACAAAUAGGAUUUUGCCCAACACAAUAAGAUUUUGAUUUUGGCUGGUACCUCCAUGUGCUGUGGUAAUACCAAAAAAUAAUAAGGGCCAGCAUACAGGCUGUAUGUUAUUUCCAUCCUCAAUGUUGGGUUUAUGUUGGGUUUAAACACAGCAUUUCAUCAGAUCUCAAAGCACUUCAUAAAGGAGGUCCACACCAUUUUACAGAUGAGAAAACUGAGGCACAGAGGUAAAAUGACUUGCUGAAGUUUACCCCAGCAGGUCACUUGUAAAAUCUGGUUCUCCUGAGCCCCAACCAUUAGUCCAUGUUGCUCAGGUCUUGCACCUGACCCUUCGCAAGGAGCCUACGUCAUGCCAAGUUUGAAAUGCCCAGACCCUCCCACAUUUGCAUAUGGGACUUCUCACAUACAUAAGGACGAUUCAUCCACGUGGAUUGCAAUACCAGAUCUCCUCCUACAGGAAGCCCAAUCAUCAUCAUUUACUGUAUGCCACAUGCUGGUGCUGGGCCUCGCAUCCAGUUUGGAAGCUUGUUGUGCAUGAUUGCUUUUUUUUUUCUCCUCAAAAUAAUUUAAA